CUUUUCACCUUCCGAAGAAUAUUCUGAAUGUACAGGAAAUUGUGAUCGAUAUUGCGAGUGGUCUAAUGGAACUAUAAUGGCGCCUCGUUGUUCAGAAGAUUGCCAAGAAGGAUGUGUUUGCAAAAAUGGAUACGUCAGAAUUCACAAGGAAUGGUUCGCUUAUUGUAUUCCUGAAUCAAAUUGUAAAAAAUGUCCCGAUAAUGAACAUUUUGAUAUUUGUACACGUCAUUGUCAGAAAAACUGUAAAAAUAAAGAUGAAGUAGUUCCUUGUGCUAUGAUAUGUAUGCCUGGAUGCAUCUGCAACUCAGGUUAUGUCCGAGAAGUCGAUGAAAAUUCCUCAUGCAUCCCUGUUGAGGAUUGUAAUAAUUGAAUUAUUUUUUCAAUUAAUUUUGAAUUUUGCUUUGUUGUAGAGAUGAAAAAUCUUGUAAUAACCUAUAGAAUAGAAUUAAAUGUCCGCUAUACCCCAUAAUCAUGGAGCAAGAUAAUGUUCUUUAAUGCUGUUCGGUACACUUAAAAUAAACUGUUAU